ACCAAGACAGCGCUACACACACAACAUACCUCGGACUCGUACAUUUAUGUCCAUUUCAAGUCAUAGGAUAUAAUAUGAAUAAGGCUCGCUUUAUAUGCAUUAGACCUACAUUAUCAUUAACUCCGCGCACGACUGUUGUAGUGACAUUAUAAUAGCGUUACAAACAGGACAGUUAGUUAGCUCUUAUGCUAGCGUGUUUUAUGGGUGGGAGUAUCGUUAGCUGGUAGGAUCUCCCAAUAAAUCGUUCGUGCAAUGCAAACACAGGAUCAGUAUUUUUAAUUGAUACCGUCGUUACUGUAAAUAAGUUUUUUGUGAACAUUCGUUAUGGCCUCUAUUCUUGAUCAAUAUGAAGAUUCACAGAACAUGCGUCAGCACAGUCGCGUGUCCGCGGCCAACAUUGGCAUUACUCAUUCAGGGUUUGUGAAUGUCAGGUUAGAGGAAGAGAAACCCAUUUUCAACAAGCAGCGCAUCGACUUCACACCUCCCGAAAAAAUCAACCACUUCUCAGUGUGCAACAACCAGUUAUGUAUGAGCCUGGGGAAGGACACCCUACUGAGAAUUGAUCUGGGAAAACCUGAUCAGCCAAACCAGAUUGAACUGGGAAGAAAGGAUGACAGCAGAGUGCACAAACUUUUUCUGGAUCCUACUGGGUCACAUUUGGUCAUUAGCCUGACUACAAGUGAAUGCGUAUACCUAAACAGAAACACUCAGAAGGUUCGAAGUCUAUCUCGAUGGAGGGGCCAUUUGAUAGAAAGCAUAGGCUGGAACAAAUUUAUAGGCUCUGAGACCAACACAGGGCCGAUUCUGGUUGGCACCAGCCAGGGCAUUAUCUUCGAAGCAGAGAUCUCUGCUUCAGAGGGCACUAUUUUCAAUACCAACCCAGACCAGUACUUCAAACAGGUUCACACCCUGGAGGAGGAUGGUAAGCCGGCACCAGUUUGUUGCCUUGAGGUGGAACGUGGCAUGGAAUCAAAAUACUUAAUUGUUGCCACCACGCGAAAACGUCUGUUUCAGUUUGUAGGAAAGUUGGCAGAGGGCUCUGAGCAGCAGGGGUUCAGCUCCCUCUUUGCCCAGAAUCAGGACCUUUUACCCAGCUUCCAGGAGUUCCCUGUUAAUAUGGGGUACAGUGAGAUUACUUUCUACACGUCGAAGCUUCGCAGUUGCCCCAAGAGCUUUGCCUGGAUGAUGGGUAAUGGGGUUUUGUACGGACAGUUGGAUUUCGUGCGGCCUGACUCUCUACUUAGCGACGUUCAGGUGUGGGAAUACACACCGGAUAUUGAUUUAAACUUUGUCAAGCCGAUAUCUAUAGUACUCACCCAAUUUCAUUUCCUGCUUUUGCUUCCUGACCGUGUGAGAGGGAUCUGCACUUUAAAUGGGCAGGUGGUGCAUGAAGACGUGUUCCCGGAAAAAUUUGGCGCCCUAAAAAAGAUGAUCAAAGAUCCCGUAACAGGGCUCGUGUGGAUUUAUACCGAAAAAGCAGUCUUUCGCUACCACAUACAGAGAGAAGCCAGAGACGUUUGGCAGAUGUACAUGAACAUGAAUAAGUUUGAUCUGGCUAAAGAGUACUGUAAAGAUCGACCAGAAUGUCUAGAUAUGGUACUAGCCAAAGAAGCGGAACACUGCUUCCAGAACAAACACUACCUAGAAAGUGCAAAGUGUUAUGCACUCACGCAGAAUUACUUUGAGGAGAUUGCAUUGAAGUUCAUUGAAGCCAAGCAGGAGGACGCCUUAAAAGAGUUUUUGAUUAAGAAGUUAAACAACCUGAAACCCAGUGAGAAGACUCAGAUCACGCUGCUGGCGACCUGGCUGACCGAAUUAUAUCUCAACCGGCUUGGUCAGCUGGAGGCUGAAGAUGGCAAGCAACACGUGUUUCAGGAAACCCGCGAAGAGUUCCGCUCCUUUCUUAAAAGCCCCAAGCAUAAGGAUUGCUUUUAUAAUAAUCGCAAUACCAUCUAUGAUCUGCUUGCCAGUCAUGGUGAUGUGGACAACAUGGUGUAUUUUUCUGUUAUCAUGCAGGACUAUGAGCGGGUUAUAUCACAUUACUGCCAGCAUGACGACUAUAGUGCCGCCUUAGAGGUCCUUUCAAAGCACUGUGAUGACCGGCUCUUCUACAAGUUCUCUCCGGUUCUCAUGCAGCACAUUCCCAAAAAGGUGGUAGAUGCAUGGAUUAAGAUGGGACACCGGUUGGAUCCAAAGAAUUUGAUUCCAGCGUUAGUGAACUACAGCCAGAUGGGGAGUAUGCAACAGAUCAACGAAACUAUCCGUUACAUGGAGUUCUGUGUGUAUCAGAUGGACGUCAAAGAUGAGGCCAUUCACAAUUACUUACUCUCACUAUAUGCCAAACACAAGCCUGACGCCCUGUUAUGGUACCUUGAACAAGCGGGAACACAUGCCUCAGACAUUCACUACGAUUUGAAAUAUGCCUUGCGUCUUUGUUCUGAACAUGGUUAUCUUCAGGCCUGUGUGUUAGUUUACAAAAUCAUGGAGCUUUAUGAGGAAGCUGUGGACCUUGCAUUACAAGUGGAUGUCGAUUUGGCCAAGUCUUGCGCUGAUCUUCCAGAAGAUGACGAAGAACUGAGGAAGAAGCUUUGGCUGAAGAUCGCUCGUCAUGUGGUUCAGGAAGAGAAGGAUGUAAAGAAGGCCAUGAACUGUCUGUCCAGUUGCAACCUGCUUAAGAUCGAAGACAUCUUGCCUUUCUUUCCAGACUUUGUUACAAUAGAUCAUUUUAAAGAGGCUAUUUGCAACUCUUUGGAGGAGUACAACAAGCACAUUCAGGAGCUUAAACAAGAAAUGGACGAGGCCACAGAAAGUGCCAAACGUAUCCGCGAAGACAUCCAGGAGAUGCGGAACAAAUACGGGGUGGUGGACUCGCAGGAAAAAUGUGCCACUUGCGAUUUCCCCUUGCUCAAUCGACCUUUCUAUCUCUUUCUGUGUGGACACAUGUUCCAUAAUGAUUGCCUCCUUCAGGAAGUCAUCCCUAACCUCUCUGGCUACAAGCAGAAUAAACUGGAGGAGCUUCAGAAGAAGCUGGCAGCGACCACACAGACCACCAAAUCUAGACACAGGCCCAAGGAAGAGGAUACGGUUAGUCUGGGCAAGGGCCAGGGAAGCAGAGAGCAGAUCAAGUCAGAUAUUGAUGACAUCGUAGCUUCCGAGUGUGUCUACUGUGGUGAGCUGAUGAUCAAAUCGAUCGACAAGCCUUUCAUAGAUCCAUCUAAUUUCGAUCAAGAGAUGUCCAGCUGGCUCUGAAAAACACACUUGAAUAAAUGUGAAGUCUGUGAAUGAAAUGUAGCUUUAUGGCAUACAUUGUACAUAUGCUGCAAAUGUAACCACUUGUGCAUUGUGAAUCAUUUGUUAUAUUAGUUGAAUUUUACAUUCUAUAUACCGAAUUAAUGAAUAUUAACCCAAUUCUGUGUACAGUUUUAAACUGUAUGUACUGAUGUUAUUCUUUAUUUAUUUUUGCUUAGACCAGGGCCCACCAGAAAACUGCAUUUUUGUUGCAUUAUAAAAGUUGUGUAAAUAAUAUAUUUUAUUGUAUGCAGAAUAAAAUAAUAAACGAUUGCUUGGCAAUAUGACUGCUGUGAUAUGCUUGAAUGUCUCA